CGCCUGGUGAUCCCAACCCCGCCGCCGCUCCGCGCUCAGUUUAGCAGAGUACGAGGUGCCCAAACACGCCUCAUCCGACGUCCUAGUAUUGCCACCGCUCCUGCCCCAAUGCAUCGCCUCUCCUCCUAUCACUCGCGGGCUCUCCUCUCUUUCAUGGCCUCUGGCCCGCGCUGGUGUCCACUAGCGCUUGCGCGAGGACUUUUCCGACUCACGGCGGCCCCCAAUCCACCUGUCCGUCGUGUUUCCCGAUCUCCACAUGGAUAUCGGAACAUAGCGAGCGGCAUUGCAGUGAAAGGGGAGAUGGAUAAACCAGACAGACACCUCCUCAUCCCUUCUGCCAAUGACAAACGUGAUAGAACCGAGGGAACUCUGGACAUCUCUGAUACUGAACUAGACAGUGAUGGUGAAGAGGGCUGGUCAGCACAGAUACCUCGUUUCCCUGUCGACGGUAUAUUCCCUCUGUAUAGAUUUCCAAGGAGCAGGCACCGUGAUGGCUCUAUAUACAGGGGCGCGGAUAGCUGGAAAGAAGAAUUUGGUACUGCAAACCGUAAUGAGACUCGGUUGGAGGCAAUGAUGUUAUCGGAUCCCACAGAUUGCGCCCUCCAUGUUGACGGAACUUGUAUGCGGCAUCCACCUCGUCCGCUGUUGCAGAUUUUCUCACUAAAGUUGCAUAAAGUUCAUGUGGAUGGUGGCUUGGUAGAGUUGUAUGGAUAUAUAGCAGCGCGAGAUCGUCUGGAUCGAUUGCUUAACCAUGUCAUUAAUUUUAGUAGGGAUGAUCCCAUCAUUGUGGAGCAGGGUUCUCUCAUCAACAUGGCUGGCCCUAAGCGAGGGAUCCAAUUAAUAGGCACUAUUCUAAUAGAAUAUGACUUGAGGAUCAAGACUGGCAAACAUGAAAAGGAUGAUCUACAGCUGAUUGAUGGUGCAUCAAUCAUCGAUGACAUUGGCACUGAGGACCGGGACAUAUUCACAAGACGAAUUCAUGGCGAGUAUGGCACAAUGGAGAUAAGUGCAUCACGUCUUCUCUAUGCGGUUGAGGCGACCAUAGAAGUUCUCAUAUCUGAAGUGUAUAGAAGCUUCAAUUUGCAUCUUGGAUGUUUUACGAGCGGGCUGCAGGAACAAAUUCAGCUCUUUGAUGGUGACAUUGACGAGUCAUGUGGCUUAAAGAGAUCUGUGGUUGCUGUAAGGAUGCAUACUUCUGUGGAAUUGAAGUUCAAGGUAGGUUCAGAGUCAUCCAGAUCUGCUGAGCAUUGCUGUUCCUUCAAGGCGAACCAACAUGGAUGUGUUAGUAAAGAGAUAAAGACUGAUCUUGCUUUGAUUUCAGUAAAGGUGACUUGGUCACCUUUGCCUAGAGGACUAGGUGUAGUGUUUCCUGCCUAAUAUAAGAUUUUAUGGUGCCAUACUUGUAUAUCAAGAAAAUUGGCCAUUCAACCUUAUAUAGAACUUAUCAAAAGUUGCCUCUUGUUAUGACUUAUGAGAAGGCCAAGAGAGAUUAUGCAACCAUCACGACUUGCAAGGCUGUAGUGGCACUGGCAGCAAUCGAACAUUCAGGUUAACAGUA